CCCGCCUACCAAAAAUGGAGGCAUUCUACACAUGUUGUCAACGCAACGGCAACAACGCCAGUAAAUAAAUAUAUAUUUAGGUCAAAUAUCGCUUGCUUUUGGUUAAUUUUCUAAAGCAUAAGCUCCGUUGUUUCAGUUAACUAGCUAUUGUUGUUGUACAGUUUCCGGUAGUCAUAAAUAUCGACCUGAAGUUCUGCCCAUCCAGCUACUAAAAGACUUCCGCAGGGAACACGUUUUCUGGGGAAAUGAGUGGAACUGAGACUGUGACUGGAGGAUCUGAGUGGACCAAGGCAAACCUCCAGAAGCUUCUCGCUGCGAUGAAAACCAGCAUCCCAGAACAUGACUUAAUGAGCGCAUAUGCCAAAGGACUGAAGAGUGUGGACUGGAAUGUGGUGGCCUUCCCCCCUUUCUCUGCUGAAGCAUGCCAAGAAAAGUGGAGAGAGAUUUUGCAGAAGAUGCGAAAGACUCGGACCCUCACAGAGCUCAUCGUUGAAGCUGAAGAUGUCAUUUCCAAUCCGGUCAAGAACAUGAAGAUGCAUCCAGAGCUCCCGAAGAGACCCUGCCCUCCAAAUGCCGUUUUUUAUGAGGAGAACUGGGCCAAGUUUCACAAGAAGCACCCAAAUAUGAGUCGCAGAAAGGGGUUCAAGUGCCUAAUCAACAAAUACAAGGCGCUCUCGGAUGAAGAGAAGGCUCAAUAUGUGGAAAAAUCUGAGCUUGCAAUGCGGGGAUACAAGAAAAAGAUGCGGCAGUUCAGGAAACAAUACGAAAUACCUCCCCGCCGGAAGCCUAAAGCGGGCCAAAAGAAGAGGAAGAAACUCUCUGCAGACACUCCCAAUCAGCGUGAAGAGAACACUAAAGUUGCAAAGGACCUGCCUUCCAAGCCUCCGUUCAAUGGUUAUAAUCUAUUCUGCAAAGAGCAACGUGCGUCCAUGACUGGUUUCUCUGGAAAUACCUACGUGAGUGUCUGGGCCCAACGGUGGCGAGAUUUGACUCCAAGACAGAGGGACGAGUACAGCAAUCGCUGUAGAGAGUUGAAGAGACAGUACUCGGUCAUGCUGAAUAAAUAUCUAAUGACUUUUGAUAAGGAGGAGCAGCAGCGGAUAUUAAAUGAGAAUGGCAUCAAAAGACCUCGUGAGCAUAAGAGCGUUGUAAGAAAAGUUGUACGGAAACUUCCUGGGGAGCCCAAGAUGCCAUCUCGAUCUGGAAAUGUCAUUUUCUGCAAAAAUCAGAUGGAAGUUAUGAAAGAGAAACUCCCAAACGCAAAUGAGCGCUUCACCAAGGUCAACCAAAUGUGGCAUGCCCUCUCCGAUAGGGAGAAGCAACGCUACAAAGAGGAAGUAUGUAAAAACGUUAAUAAAUACGCGACGGAGCUGCAGAAGUGGUUUAAGACAUUGCCAGCAGCAGAUCAGGAAGCGUAUCGAAUACGUAACCCCAGUAAAUUGCAAUUCCUUAAUGUCAACCAAAUGAAAGAUGACAGAGAAGAACUAUCUGGAGCUGUGUACAGACCAUCAGAUUCAGAAGAUGAAGACAUUGAGGACAGCAGCAGUGACGAAGAAGAAGAGGACAAUUCGGACUGUUAUGAGGUUGAGGAGGAAGAAGACGACGACGAUGUUAUCAUGUUUAAGGUGUUUUAAAUGGAGGAGAUGGACGGCAGAAGCAGCACACAAGUUCCGAGCUGGAAACUUCAACUUGGUCUGUAAAAAGCAGCACAUUUGGGAUGAUGGGCAGUCUCUCUAGGGUCCUUCAUGCCACAUUGGAUCCUGGCCAUUUUGGCUGAAAGGUUGCCAUCACCAGUACUUCUACUUUUUGUGCCACAAUCAAGGUUGGAUUACAAAGUGCCCGAGGACCCAAGACCCCCAGGGGCCACACAAACCCCGGGCUAACAUACUAUGUUUGGUGGUUGUAAUGUGAAAAAUGUUAAGACUGUUUGGGAAUAUGCACGACUAAAGUAGUAAAGUAGUAAAGUAUCUAUGGAUAUGAUUAGGGCCUUUAAGUAUUACAUUUAGAAAAAAAAGCACCCUUACAUAUUUUAUAAGGAUUUAACAGUCAAGUGAAUUUUUUUUAAAUCUGCUUCAAAAGAACUAAAAUUGUUGUAACUGUGGCAGAAAGGUGUGUUCAUAUAGGCUCCACCAGUAAGAAGCUAAUUGAGAAUAACAUAUCUGGUUCCUUAAAGGUUAUUAUCAAAUUUCAAAGCCUUUUGAAAAUAGGAUACCUCUGCAAAGAUAAUGUUUUAAGACCAUUAUUUCAGUUUACAUUGUGCUUACAUGCUGCAUAUCCCUAUAAUGAUUUUGUUAAAAUAACCACACAGCAAACAUGGGACUAUUUGAUAAUCUGCCAUCGGAAUACAGUUAACCAUUCACACAGAUUGGUAAAAAAGGGGAAGGUUUGUAGGGGCCCACAAGUGGAUUAAUCUGGCCGUUAAUAUAAUGCCUCUGAGCUAGUCCAUAAAUUAAGACACUUUAUUGUACCAUUACUCUAUUUUGUUUUUAAACAAUGACAACAUGUAUACAAAUAUUUUAGAGAGGGGAUUUUACUGCAAGUAGUCAGAUUGUCUGAUUUUACAUGUGAUGGGGUCAAAAUGUUGGGAUUAUAACUGUUUUUGUUUUUAUUGUGUGG